AUGUUCAAAGCUCCUCCGAAAGUCGGGCCUGGCCGGAAGGACACGGAUGGGGCAAACCCGUACAAGUCAUGGGAACACAUCAAUCACACGUGGCUGAUCUUGAUGUGUCUGGGCUGCCUCUGCGCGGGCUGGCUGGCGGGGCACGUUGUCGAAGUGGACGAGUCGAAGAUCAAACCGAAGUACGCUAGGGAGGACGUGGUGGCAUCGGCGUGCAGGCAGUUCGAGUUCCGCCCCGACUUGGCUGCGACGAGCAUUCGAGUUGCGUUUGUGCUGGCGGCGCGUCGCGCCGGGUUUCCGGCCGACACGGUGGAUGAGUCGUGUGCAGUGGUGCAGGGGCUGAACGACGUGGCGGGGAUCAUGAACUAUCUCUCCAACACCUACCCCGCCUCCUCCACCGAGGAUGUUGCCUCGCUCGCUGCCAUAGCCGGCAUCAAGUACCUGAACGGUCCCUACGAGGCAAUCCUGGAUCAGUGGAAGUGGGGGCGCAACGACAGCGACACGGCCCCAAAGCGCAACAUUCCGAAGGACUCCCAUCAGAAAGUCUUCUCGAUUCCUACGAUACUGCACGCCCUCGGCGGCCUGACCGAGGCAGAGUGUGUGGCGCUGCUCGCCUGCCACAGCGUCGGCGAGUUCCACGAGGAUGUGAGCGGCCUCGAAGGCGCCACGCACACCGGGAAGCGCUAUAUACUCAACAACCGCUACUACCAGUUUCUGCUGGAGCAUGAGAAGGCCUUUGCUCCGCUGACGGUGGCACGGACGCAGGACAACAAGGAGGUGGCGGUGCUGCCGCAAACUUUGAAGUGUGUCUACGUGAAGGAGAAGGCCAACGGGAAGACGAAGAAGCGGCAGUGUGUCAUGAACGCGGCGGAGCUGGAGCUGCUGAAGAACAAAACGUGGCGCGAGCUCGUGGUACGCUACGCCGCGGACGAGGAGCUGUGGCGAGAGCAGUUCCAGUCGGCCUUCACGAAGAUGAUUGAGAGCAACUUCAAGCGACUUCGUCCGUACUCGGACCCGAAUUCGGCUUAG